AUGAGGCCGGGCGCGCUGCUGCUGGCGCCGCUGCUCCGCCUGCUCCUGCUGCACGCCCGGCCCCAGGUCCUGGAAGCCGCAGGCAGCUUUGAGCUGCAGAUCCGUUUCGUCCGCAACGAGAAGGGGGUGCUGGCGGAUGGGCGUUGCUGCCGGGGAGGCCUGGAGCCGCCAUGCCCCGCGACGGAACAGUGCCGGACCUUCUUCCGGGCCUGCCUGAAGGAAUACCAAGUGCGGGCCCUGCCAGGAGGACCCUGCGUGCUGGGCACCGCCACCACACCUGUCCUGGGAGGCAACGUCUUCUCGACCGGUCACCGGAAAGUCCCAGACGCGGCCCAUAAGAUGGUGGUCCGCUUUGAUUUUGCUUGGCCGCGCUCCUACUCGCUGGUUCUGGAAGCCUGGGAUGCCGCCAACCUCUCUGACGUCACCACCCAAGGAGCGGGACAGUUAAUGGAGCGGGUGACUCGCUCGGGCAUGUUGAACCCGGGUGAGGGCUGGGAGGACUUGUGGCACCACGGCCGCGUCACCUCGCUGGAGUACCGAGUGCGAGUGCGCUGCCAGGAGCACUAUUACGGCCCGGCUUGCAAUCUCCUGUGCCGGCCCCGCGACGAUUUCUUUGGGCACCACAGCUGUGACUCUGCCGGCAACAAAGUCUGCCUGGACGGCUGGACGAGAGACGAGUGCACACAGGCUAUUUGCCGCCCGGGAUGUCAUGAAACACAUGGGUUCUGCGAGGAGCCCAACGAAUGCAGGUGCCACUAUGGGUGGACCGGCCCUCUCUGUGACGAGUGCAUCCUCUUCCCAGGCUGCGUCCACGGGAGCUGCACUGAACCCUGGAAGUGCAACUGCGAGACCAACUGGGGGGGCCUCUUGUGCGACAAAAAUCUGAAUUAUUGUGGGUCCCACCGGCCGUGCAAAAACGGGGGCACGUGCGCCAACAAGGAGCCCAAUGAAUACGAAUGUCUCUGUCCGGAGGGGUUCCACGGCCGGAACUGUGAGAACGGAGAUGCCAGGCGGCAGCUUUUUCACAGCCAGGGUGGCAGAGCGGAUCAGCUGCCAGAGCUGGAACAGGGAGACGUGACCUCAGUUCCCGGCUCGGUUAUAAAGCACGCUCAACGAGCUUUGCCGGUUACUGGCUCCCAGCCUAGCCUUCCUCGCAGGGUGAUUUUUGAGGAUAAAGGAUGGAGCGGAGAGUCAUGUCAGAAUGAGGUCACGGACUGUCUCUCGGAGCCCUGCAGUCAUGGUGGGAUUUGCCGAGGUGUCUCGGGUGACUACAGGUGCCUCUGCCCGCCCCAGUGGACGGGGAGGACCUGUCAAAUCGAUGUGAACGAGUGCCAGGCGAAUCCCUGCCUCCAUGCCCGAGGGUGUAAAAACCUCAUCGGGAGCUAUUUCUGCGAUUGCCUGGAAGGCUGGAGUGGACCAAACUGCGAAAUCAGAGAGGACGCGUGCCAGAGAGAAUGCCAGAAUGGAGGCACCUGCCAGGUGAAGAAUGGCAGGCACACGUGCUCUUGUCUGGGAGGGUACACAGGCACGGAGUGCGAGACGGAGCUGGGCGCCUGCAGCAGUGCCCCCUGCCUGCAUGGAGGAAAAUGCCAGGAGAGGGGAAACAUGACUUUCCAAUGCAGCUGCCCUCUGGGCCACAGCGGCAGCCGCUGCGAGGUCUCUGUGGAUCUCUGCUCCCCAAACCCAUGCCCGGAGGGGGCUUCCUGUCUGGGUGGGAAAGGCAGCCCCAUUUGUACCUGCCCAGAGGGUGCCAUCUGCCAGAAGAUUCAGGAGCCUUGCCUGGAAGGGGGGUGCCCAGGGGGCACCAACAUGAUCCUCCUGUACACCAUCUUGCCGCUGGCUCUGCUCCUUGUCUUGGUGGUCCCUGUCUCGGCGUUACUUGCAUUGUGGAUCCACCGCAAAUCCCGCCAGACUCCUCCGGUACCGCCGGAUCCUGCCGCCAACAACAGCCUGCAGCCCGACGCUGUCCACCUGAUCCGCAAUCUCACCCACAGCGAUGCCGAGUCGGGGUCGAGGGAGCCAGGGAUGGUGGCCAAGAUGGGGCUGCCCCUGGCCUCACGCCCCCCUCGAGGACUCCCAAAGACGGACAUCUCCAACGAGGAGAGGGCCAAACUGAACCGACUGAAUGCCUCCCCAGCCUUGCCGCAGCCAUUGCUCUGA